AUGUGGCUCGCGGGGCUGUGUUUGUGGGUCGGUGGGGCUCUGGCGUGGGCGCCCGCGCAGCCCCGCAGCCUGUAUCGCCCCUUUAACUUGAGUUCUCUAGCGGCGCUCUCGGCUCCCUUCAAGCCGGUCGCCUCCGGGACGUUGUUGUCGGAAUCGCCUGCGGCGGCGGGCAACAAAGUGGAGAAACUCGGGCGGGCUUUCAAGCGGCAGGUGAGGCAGCUGCGGGAGAAGAGCGGCCGCUUGGAACUGGUCUUCUUGGUGGACGAGUCGUCGAGCGUGGGCCAGACUAACUUUCUCAGCGAGCUGCGCUUCGUCAAGAAGCUGCUCUCCGACUUCCCGGUCGUGCCGACGGCCACGCGGGUGGCCAUCGUGACCUUCUCCUCCAAGAACAACGUGGUGCCACGCGUGGACUACAUCUCGCCUCCCACGCGGGCGCAGCAGCGGCAGCACAAGUGCGCCCUACUCAGCCGUGAAAUCCCGGCCAUCGGCUACCGAGGGGGCGGCACUUACACCAAGGGGGCUUUCCAGCAAGCCGCGCAAAUAUUGGUUCACUCCCGCGUAAAUGCUACCAAAGUAAUAUUUUUGAUUACGGAUGGAUAUUCCAAUGGAGGGGAUCCUCGUCCCGUUGCAGCAUCUUUGCGUGACUUUGGAGUAGAAAUCUUCACAUUUGGGAUAUGGCAAGGCAAUAUCAGAGAGCUGAAUGACAUGGCUUCUCACCCAAAGGAGGAACACUGUUACUUGCUCCACAGUUUUGCAGAGUUUGAAGCUUUAGCACGCAGAGCUCUCCAUGAAGACUUGCCUUCUGGAAGUUACAUUCAGGAAGAUAUAGCAUACUGCUCCUAUCUUUGUGAGGGGACUGAAAAUUGUUGUGAUACCAUGGCAAGCUGCAAGUGUGGUACUCACACAGGACACUUUGAGUGUAUCUGUGAAAAGGGAUACUAUGGCAAAGGACUACAGCAUGAAUGUACAGCCUGUCCAUCUGGAACUUACAAGCCUGAAGGAUCACCAGGUGGGAUAAGCACCUGCACCUCAUGUCCUGAUGAGAAUCACACUUCUUCACCAGGAAGUACUUCUAUGGAGGACUGUAUAUGCAAGGAAGGGUAUCUUCGCACAUGCCUCAAACUCUCAACUCCUGAAAACGGCCAUAUUAAUUGCUCAUUAAGUGAGAUCUCUUAUAAGACUGUGUGCUUAUUCACUUGCAACGAAGGCUACGAACUGGAAGGCCAUACCAAACUUACCUGUCAAGGCAACUCUCAGUGGGAUGGGAAGGAACCAAAAUGUGUUGAGUUGCACUGUCCUGCAUUCCUAAAACCAAAAGGUGUUAUUGUUCACCCUUAUAUUUGUGGGCUUGAACAAUCAAAAUAUGGAACUAAGUGCAGGCUCAGUUGUCCAAAUGGAUUCCUUUUGUCUGGUGUAACAAAAGACCUGAGGUGUUUACAUACUGGAAAAUGGAGUGAAAAUGUGCAGAUAGCUUUUUGUAAAGAUAUUGAACCUCCACAAAUUAGCUGUCCAAAUGAUAUUGAAACAUCAACUCUGGAAAACCAAAAUUCAGCAAAUAUUAGCUGGCAAAUUCCAGAUGCAGUUGAUAAUUCUGGAGACGAGGUGUUUGUUCAGGUUACUCCAGCCUUUAUACCACCCUACCUUUUCCCAAUUGGAGAAGUUGACAUUACAUAUACAGCAACUGACAGAGCUGGCAAUGAAGCAAGCUGCUCUUUCAAGAUCAAAGUGAUUGACAUUGAACCCCCAGUAAUUGAUGAAUGUAGAUCUCCACUACCAAUUCAAAUCACUGAGAAGGAGCACAGAGUAAAGUGGGAUGAGCCACAGUUUUCAGACAAUUCAGGAUCUGCCUUAAUGAUAACUAAAACUCACUCACCUGGAGAUCUCUUUCCCAAAGGAGAAACACUGGUUCGGUAUACAGCCACUGACUUGGCUGGAAAUAACAGGACCUGUGAGAUUAACAUUGUCAUAAGAGGUUCUCCUUGUGAAAUUCCCUUUACUCCGCUGAAUGGUGAUUUUAAAUGCACUGAAAGUGGGUCAGGAGUUAAUUGCACAUUACUUUGCAUGGAGGGAUAUGAUUUCACAACAGGUUCCAAUGAAAAUUACUACUGUGCCUAUGCAGAUGGUAUCUGGAAUCCUCCUUACUCCAAUCAGUGGCCUGACUGUUCUU